AAAGCGAUAAGAAAGGCGUUCUUCGACUGCUUCUUUGCAAGGCAAAAUUGAAAGUAGAUGUGUUGCUGUGAAAGUGGUAAAGAAUAAUUAAACAUGCAUCUUAUAAACUGCGUCUUUCUGCUGCACCUGAUGCUCGGGAGUGUGACGGGAGAGUGUGACGAGUCGCCCGACUGCAAGGGUCUCUACGAUAGAAGCAUCACCGAAAUCCCCGCCACCAAAAAAGCUGGCAUCACCCGGGUUUAUUUCGUGGGCAGCCAGAUUUCCACCAUCCCCGACCGAGCCUUCAUCAACAGUCCGCAGCUGGAGAUUCUGGACUUCCUCGGCAUGCCCAUCGUGUCCAUCGAAACGCACGCCUUCGAAGGUUUGGGCAGGUUGAGGUUGAUCGAAAUUUCCGUUACGAAUCUGACGUCGUUGCCCCUGGGCGUGUUUCAGAACCUGCCGAGCCUCAAGCAGCUUAUUCUCAAAAUCAACAAAAUCCAGAAGCUUGAGAAGGGACUGUUUGAUGGCCUGAUGCUGAAAGAGCUCCAUCUUCACAUGAAUGAAAUCGCCUCGAUCGACGAGGGAAUUUUCGAUCAGCUUGAAAACCUCACAUUCCUCCACCUGGCUAGGAAUAAAAUCUCCUCCGUCUCCACGGCACUGUUCGCAAAACUCAGUAAAUUGCAGAAGCUCAGACUCUACGAGAAUGGCAUCAGUGCCAUUCCUCCUGGGAUCUUCGAUGAUCUACCGGAUCUGAAAGAAAUCGCCUUACAGGGCAACAAGAUAACAGAGAUACCACCGCAUUUAUUUUCAAAAAAUACCAAUUUGGAAACAUUAUCUUUAGAGAAUAAUCUUUUGUCUGAAUUGCCUUCUGAAAUUUUUGUGGGACUUCCUAACAUAAGAUUUUUGACCCUUCAGCAGAAUCAAAUAGCCAGCCUGCCUCCCAUGCUCUUUGGCGAAAUGCAUAGACUGUCUCAACUGGAUCUCAAUGGGAACAAUCUCACUGUCCUUCCUGCAGGAGUAUUCAGUCCCUUAAAAAAACUCAGCAAGCUUGACUUAUCGCAAAACAAGUUUACCUCUUUGUCCGAGGAGUAUUUUGAAGGCCUUGUGAGACUUGCAGACUUGAAUCUAGAGAAAAAUAUGAUUGAGUCAUUAAAACCGAAAAGCUUUGAACAGAUGACAGAGCUGCGUACCCUCCAGCUGGCACAUAACAAACUGAGAACUCUUCCUGAAGGGAUAUUUGACUCUUUACCAAAACUUAGCAGGGUACAUCUGAACAACAACCCCUGGCACUGUGACUGCAGGCUGAUAUCGUUCUUUAACUGGAUGAAAGCGAACACAAAAAAGAUCAAGUCCUCCCCGCCAGAGACUUGUGAAUCUCCUGAAAGUUUGAAAGGACAAGAAGUCAUGUCUCUCACAGAAGAUCAGCUGAUAUGCCCAACCACUCCUGCAAUUGCCACUACUGUGCCUCUCACCACAACAACCAGCACUACUGUUGCCAUGACAACAGAAUUACCCACAACAAACGUCCACAUGACCACACCACCCCCCAAGCAACAACCGCCUUGCCCACCACCACUACUCCGUCAACCCAGACACCUACCACCAUAAUAAUAACAACAGAGCCCACAACUGCACCAACCACUACGUUGACAACCACAGUAGCUAUGACAACUGCUCCCACCACUAUGUUCACAACAACAGUGCCAACCACUGUAGCUAUGACAAUUGCACCCACAACCAUGCUGACAACCACAAUGCCAACCACAGUAGCUAUGACAACUGCGCCCACCACAAUGCUGAUAACCACAUUAGCUAUCGGCUGACGCGCCUGGAGGACGGCGCGUUCAGCAACCUGACGCGCCUGCGGCUCCUGGUUCUGAGCCGUAACCGGAUCGGCUCGGUCCCCGCCGGGGCCUUCGGCGGCCUGGCCGAGCUGGGAGAGGUGUCCCUGCACACCAACCUGCUCUCGGGCCUGGAGGAGGGACCUUCAGCGGGCUGCCCAAGCUGGAGAACAUCUCCCUGGAGCACAAUCUCAUCCAGUCCCUCCCUGGGAAGCUCUUCCACGGCUUGCCUCCCCUCUGGGAAGUGGACCUCCACAACAACUCCCUGCGGAGCCUGUCGCGGGAGGUGCUGGACUCCCUGGACGCGGUGAAGGAGGUGAAGCUCGCCCAGAACCCCUGGAGGUGCGACCGGGACAUCGUGCCCCUGCAAGACUGGGUGCGGAGGCGCCCCUCCUAAAUGCAGAAUGCCAGCCUGCUGACGUGCCUCUCUCCCCAUUCACUGGCUCACGCCAAAAUUACUGACCUGACCAACGAGGAAGCAGAAGCCUGGGCGCCGUCCACCUCGACCGCCACCACUCCCUCAGGCGACUUGGCCACACCCACGGAGACGCGAAGGAGGCCUCACACCCCGCCCCCCAAGAAGAGCACCCCUGCUGCCCCUGCCGCCACCACUCCUCCCGUGCGGGACGACAGUAACCAUGGCGACGGGGAGGGCCUUUCCCGGGACGCUAAAAUCAUCAUCAUCACCUUGGUCUGCGUCGCCAUCAUCGCCACCGUCAUCAUCUGCUGGAUUUGCUACAGGAGGAAGAAGCGGGCCAGCCGCACCUUGUACCACCAGGCCAGAAAGAACACCGUCAUUUAGGGGUGGGGUGGGGUGGAGGGGGGGUCUUUUCUAUAGGCCGCCCCUCAUGGGGCCCCUAUUUCAGGCCACCUUGGAACACUCUGAGAGCUGGACACGGGAGUGCACCACGGAACCGUUUCGGAACCAUUCAGCUUUCCAGGAAGCGGCCGUCCGCUAAGGUUUGGCGUUCCGGUCACAAAAUCCGUUCAUUCGUUCGGUCUGUUUAUUCACGCGAGCGCGCUGCGAACUUGCGGUGGUCUGAGAACGUAAUGCUCCACUGCACUGGAAUGUCACAAACUGGAAUGUAAUUUUCCCUGUCGCCCUUUUGCUCGCUUGAAGUUGAAUGGGAUGCUUGCUAACCUUGUGCACAUUUUGUAGGCUUGGAUCUGAGCUUCGCAUGAAAAUGGAACCUUCUUAGCACUGUAAACAGCAGAUAAGGCAGGAAACCAGAAACCCCUCUAUCUCAGUGAGCCUGUGAUACUUUUCAUUUUUUUCCCUAAUGUCUGAAUUCCAUUGCUUUUUAUAUUUAAAUAGCCUGACAUUGAUACCAAUACAAUAUAACAUGCUGCAUCAUUAUUGACAGACAUUAUUAUAGAAGAAAGCCUAAAAUUUCAGUAUUACCCUUUAAUGAUUUCUGAAGUAAUGCAACAUUUUUUUUAAAUGCCCGAAUAGAUCAUGAAUCACAAAUAACAACAAUCUGUAACAAUCUGAAUUGUAAAUAAUUAAAUUGUUUAUUUUCUGGAAUAUGGGUUAUAUAAUGACUUACUCAAACAAAAUGUCAAUAAACUUCAUUGAACAAGAA